AUGGCUACCGCGUCGAAGAUCCAUCUUGAGGCUUCGCAGCAGCCGGAGUUCUAUGUGCAAGGGAUUACGGGGGAUAGCGCGAAGACGGCGAGCGAGCUGUUGCAGGAGAAUCAUGAAAAGUACCAUAUCUUCUUCAACCAGGAUGGGUUCCAUAACCACAUCGUCCACCACCUCCUCACCAUCUUCGCUCUCAAAGCCACCCCCGACCAGAUCAAGAAAGGCUACGAUAACAACACGUCAUAUCAGCGUCCUCCCGUCCCGCUCCACAAGAAGAUUGUCGAUGAUCUGCAUGACCCCGAGAGAUAUAAAACGUAUUUGGGCAACGAGAAGUCCUACCACGAUUUCAUGGUGUUCUUCCAGGCCGAGAUCGAGAAGAAAGGAUGGGAGAACGUGCUGAAUGAGUUUGUGUUCAAGGGAGACGAGAGGGCAGACGAUAUGCUUGAUUGCAUAGGCUUUCUACACCCCAUUAUCCACCUAGGUUUCGGCGUCGAGUUCCGCCAACCCGCCAUCAUCGCCGAAGCUCUCGCGCAAGCCGCAGUGCACGACAGCUGGACGAAGCCCCUCUUGAUUGGCGCUGAGGAAGCCGCGAAGUCCAAUGGUGCCGAUCCAAAGUCUACGAAGACGGUAGUCGAGCUCCUCAAGGACAUGCAGGCGGAUAAGAAAUUGAAGGCUGCUCCACAAUGGAAGGAUGGCAACAAGAUCCGUGAUGGCAUCUUAAAGCGCGCACCGGACGAGAUGGUCAAGUACGCUGCGCAAUACGUCAUCUCGGAAGACCAGCUUGAGGAGAAGACGGCGGAGAUGAUCAAUGCUGCUGUAUACUACACGGCAACCGCCCAACACCCACCCAACCAAGUAAAAUUCGACUUCUUCUAUAUGCACUGCGUAAACUGCAGCAUCUUCUUCUCCUCCUUCCUCCACGCCUCCUUCCUAACCCCCGCCACCAAACGCCGCCUCCUCGAAUGGAAAGUCCGCAACGACCUCACCAUGUACGUGUCGCGCGGCUCCCCAGACCUCUCCCUUUCCCACAUCACUUCCUACAAAUCCAGCCAGGAUUCGUCAUGGGACGACAUCAUCAAGAGGGCCAAUAGGCUCGAGGACGAUGGCCAUACGAGCAAGCUGAUUAGGGCGCUGGCGAAUGGGGAGAAGGUGUGUAAGGGUUUUGAGGACAGGGAGGGGUUCUUGGUGAAGGGCGAUAUGUGGAGGGUGAUUAGUAAUAUGGUGAUGGAUAGUGUGGAGUCCGGGGGUCCGCAUUGGGUGAGGGGUUGUGGAUUUGAGGAGGCGUGGGAGAAGAUCCCUGAGAGGGAAAGUGCGAGGUUGUAA